ACCACUGUACCCCGUGCUGUCACACUCACAAACACAACAUUAAACUCCAAAUCCCCCACUUUUUUUUCUUUUUCUCUAAACUCUUCCAAGCUUUCUCUAAUGGCAGAUUACGAUGGCCCAACCAACCACCCAAAUCUAAUCCAAAAAGAAACAGCUUUACAAGCCAUUAACACCAUAAUCCAACUCCAUUUUGAAAAAACCCUAGAGAAAAAAAGAGCUAUAGACUUACAAAAAAAAGAACUAUGGAAAAUGUUCCAACAUUUCUUUCUUUUCUUGUCAUUAAUCUUUUUAGGCCAAGCUCUUUCACCUAAGCUUCAAUGUAGACAUUGUUGGAUACCCAUUGGGCUUCUUUCUUUAGCCCAUUUGAUUUUUUAUGUAUCUGUGGCACAAACUUUGAGAUGUAUUAAUGGUUUUAAGUAUCAAAGGAGAUGUCAUAAGUUGACAUUAGGUUUGGCUACUGAGAGACUUAGGCAAUUGAAAAUGAGAAUUGGUAAUGGUGGGGUUGAAGAAAUUGGUGAUGAAUUUGAGAUACAUUAUCAAGAACCACCAGAGAGUUAUUUUGGUAAGUUUAAGAGGAAUUGGGCUUUGCAUUUUGGGUUCUUGAUUUUUAUUUAUGGUUUUAUGAUUUCUUCAUCUGUUGUAAUCCUUUGUUUCUAAAGGGGUUUUUUGUUGAGAUCUGUAAGAGUGAACUCCACUCAAUUUUCUAGGGUAGAUUUGUUGAAAUUUUUUUUUAGGUUGGGAGGACCCAUUUUGAGGAUUUAAUUGGAAAAUAUUCUUGGAACUUAGCAAAAUUGGUUGAAGUUAUGGUUUUUGAUUC